AUGGAGACUGAACCCCCAAUCACUGAGACUAACGCCUAUGAUAUGGUUGGGGAUGUCAAGUUGUUUCUCCUUGUUGUUGCGACCGUCCUUGACAAGAUGAAUGAAGUUCAACAGGGAAUGCCCUUGAAGGAUGACUUGGCUUACGACCUCUCUAUUGUCCAAGAUGAGGUUUGUGAUGUCAAAAGCGAGCUGAACUCCAUGAAGAUGAGGAUCCAACACAACUCGGACGCUAUCGCUACUCUCUCUAACAAGGCUGAGGAUGUUCAAGCUCAGCUUAUAAAGCAUGGUGAGUUACUUGAACGGAUUUUCCAGUUUCUACAACAACUACCACCUUUCCCUGAAUACUCCUUCAGAGAAGCCGAUCGUCAUCAGCUAGACAUGGUUGCUGAGCUCAACCUUCGACAGGCAGAAGCUGUUGCCUCCAUGGAACAAUCGUUGCAUAACCUAGUUUCUCGCAUCCCUCUCUUCGUUGAUGAAGACAAAGAGAGGAAGAAUACCAAGAACGAUGAUGUCGUAGUGAUAUCUGACCAUGAAUUGUUGGAUUCGAUAUCUCUAUAUGAAUCCCUACGUAUGCUACUCAUUAUCAUAUUACUUCAUAAAGACCAUCCUCCUUCCACCUCUGCUUUUACAAAUGUUGUUGAAGAUGAGGAGGAUGAAGAUGAUGAUGAGGACGAGGAUCCUGAGCCCCGAAUCCCAGAUGCAGGUGCUGACCUUCGUGGUGUUGAUGACAACGACGAUGAUGAUGAUGACGAUUUAUCCGUCUAA